CUGAGCAGACCUUUGGAACCCAUGGAACCAACAGACAGCAUUUGGAAAGCCAUCUUGAUUACAAUAUACACGGUGGUGUUGAUUGGAGGGGUGUGCGGAGUCAUCAAAAUAUCGUUUCUGCUUGUCAAAAUGAAUACUUUGUCAGUGACCACAACAUCAGUCAUAAAUCUAGUGGCAGUUCACAGCCUUUUCCUUGCGAUGGUGCCAUUUCGGCUGUACUACUACGCCACGGACAAGUGGGACUUUGGCCAUCCCUUCUGUAAAAUUGUGAGCGCGAUGAUACACAUCCACAUGUACCUCACCUUUCUCUUCUAUUUGUUUGUUUUGGUAACCAGGAGCCUUUUGUUCUUUCAGUGGAAAGAUAAGUUGGAGUUCUACAGGAACCUGCAUGCUGUGGCAAGCAGCGUGGCUAUAUGGAUUCUGGCUGUUGUUAUUGCCCUGCCACUCAUCCAUAUUUGCUAUGGGACAACAGGGCGUUACGAGAAUGCCACCUGUUUUAGGUUUCACCAGGAGCUAAAGAACAACUCGGUGAAAGGACUGAACUACGCUGUUAUUUCUGUCAUAGUUGCAGUUACUUGCACAUUUUUGGCUCUGGAAGUUUUCAUCAUUCUCAAAGUGGUGAACAGGCUAUCCGGACCUGUUUGUUCCCACCAAGAGUUUCGGGCACAGUUACAAAGUUUGGUUUUUGUGUGUUUCAUCAUUCUUUGUUUCCUUCCUUAUCACUUUUUCCGAAUUUAUUACCUUCAGCGAUAUGUGGAUGGUUCUCAGUUGGAGAUGUACAAUGAAAUUUGCUUGAGUAUCACUGCAGUCAGCUGCCUUGAUUUGUUGUCCUUUGUGUUAAGUGGAAGCCGGUUCUGGAGGCGAGAAAGCAUUCUGUUUUCAUGCUGCCCGACAGCCAUCUGCUGCAGAGCAACAGGGUCUCCUGCUGGAUAGGAGAAAGGUGUAUGGCUCAGGUUUCUUUGGACUCACCAUUUUGAGAAGUUAUGCGUAUUUUGCGUACCUUGAAAAGU